CGCCGGAGAGCGGUGGUUUCUGUGUAUCUAGCGUGGCCGGGCCGCCUCUGCCCCGUAGGAGCCGCCCGGUUAGGGAAGGGCCUCGCGGGAUCAUCUUGCCUGCGGAGAGCGGUGGGGGAGUCCUAGUGCCGGACUUUGCCCAUAUUCGGUAUGGCGGCGGCUGCUACACCCGCCGCCUAACAAUCCAGCACGCGAUUGGCUAGAGCGGGAGCGUGGGGCUCGCUGAUUGGCUGGAGGGAGAGGCUGAAGGUGGCGAGGUGGACUUGGCAUCAUGACUUCCCAUUCAGGAGCUGCUCCUGAGGCCAGUGAAAGCACAAGGAAUGCAACGCUGGAGCGGUGCCUGAGUGUGCUCAGAGAUGCAAAACAUGACAGUGAGCAGUUUGCAGCCCUGCUCUUGGUGACCAAAGCGGUCAGAGCGGGAGACAUCGACUCCAGAACCCGUCGCCGGAUCUUUGAUGCAGUUGGAUUCACGUUCCCAAACCGGCUUCUUGCUUCCAGGGAGCCCCCCGCUGGCUGUCCAGAGCACAUGUUCCGAGGACUUGGCCUCACCCUGCUGGCAUGUUUCUGCACUGAUCCGGAGUUAGCCAGCCAUUCCCAGACCCUUAACAAAAUCCCGACCUUCAACAACAUCCUGGCUUCCCCAUCCGAUCCGGACGAUAUGUCCGCGAGCUCCAUGAUCGAUGACGUUUACCAGUGUCUGGGCGCUGUCAUGGGCACUCCCAGGGGCCCCAAAGAGUUGGUGUCCCAGGGAACAGUGUCAGCUCUGUGCCAGGCCUACGUCAAUCGCAGUUACGGCUGUGACCGCGCCCUUGAGCUGCUCCUGGGGCUUCUAGCCACAGCAGAGACUAAGUGCUGGCAGAGAGCCACCCCUGACCUCCUGGCUGUGCUGAGCAGGCUCAGUGAGCAAUUCCACCAGGCUGAAGACAUGACCAAAUUCCAGCUGUGUGAUGUUCUGCCUCACUUUGUAUCUCCAGCGCUGCUGCUCACCCGGGACCGACAGGGUUCCGAGUGCCUCUGCAACCUUUACAGAGGCCUGGUUAGCAUCCUGAGCAGCAAACUGAGCCAGUCCCAGCGAGACCCUGCACUGAAGCUUGCUGCCUGCCUCACACAGGCCUGUGGCUCAGAAUGGAUCCCCACGGAGAGGGCCGGGAGCAAGUUCCUGGCCCUGCUGGUGAACCUGGCUUGUGUGGAGGUCCGUCUGUCCCUGGAGGAGCUGGACCCGGCAGACGUGGAUGGGAAGCAGGAGGUGGUAACAGGCUGCUACACCCUUAUUGAGCUGGGGAUCCUGGAGUGCAUGAAAGAAGAGAAACCACGGCUGAGGGAGGCGCAGAAAAUGCAGCUAGUGAGGAUCAUGGAGGAGGCAUUUGGGGCGGUAAUACACUACCUGAGACAGGUGGGAGAGCAGAAGCUGAAGGAUCCUUUCAUAUUUGCCUCUGUUCGAAUCCUCGGCACCUGGCUGGCUGAAGAGACCUCCUCCCUCAAGCAGGAAAUCUGUGACCUCCUGCCUUUCCUCAUUCAUUACGCAAAGAUGCUUUUCCAAGAGGGGGACAAGGCCAGGAGCCCAUCCCAGCAUGCGGCGGAGCUGGCUGGACUGGGCAGCCCUCAGGGCUCUGUGUGGCCCAGAGACGCGCUGAGAUUUCUGCUACCUGGCUUGUGCCAUUUGACGGCGGAGGACCGACCUCGGGAAAUCCUUAUCUCAGAGGGGGCUCCAGCAUUGCUGUGUCAAUAUUUCCUGCACCAGUGGGAGUUGUUGGCCUCUGACCCCCAGACCUCUGCUCCUCCAGACAGCAUAGAAAUCAGUUUGCAAACCACCUGUGGAGUUUUCCUUAACCUUGUGGUGACCGCUCCAGACUUGGUCAGGCGAGACCGAUGCUUUUCCUCCCUGAUGGAUGCGCUGCUGAAGUCUCUCCCUGCUCUGCUGCCCCAGAGAGAUCGCCUUGUUCUAGCAGCCAACGUUACCACGCUGGGCUUGAUGAUGGCCAGGAUCCUUGACACUUCUCCAGGUCUCCAGGGGACGCCACCAGCCAAGAACUUCUUCGAAGCUGCUAUCUGCUUCCUUUCUCAGGCCCACGCUGCCCGGGCGGAUCCCGCCAGCCAGUGCUCGGUCAUGGCUGUGUCACCAGCCUAUGAGGCGGCCUGGGCGGACCUCAGUGAGCUGUGGUUCCUGGGGAUGCAGGCCUUUGCCAGCUGCGUGCCGCUCUUUCCCUGGCUGCCCCAAACGGUGCUCCGGUCACGUUGGCUAGACGACCUCUUGCAGUUAUUGAGCCAAGCAGCCCCGGUCUCGGUGGACUUUGAACUCCUUACGGCAUUGCAGGGCGUGUUGCUGGAGCUGGCCAGAGCCAGCCAGCAAUGCCGAGAGGUGAUCGUCUUACAGCAGGGCAAGGAGCUGGCCAACCGUUAUGGCAUGGCAGCAUUAGAACAGUGCCUUUGUGAGUGCUAAGGGCCCCUCCUCCCACAGCCGCAGGGCGCGGGGAAUAAAGCCGGGUGUUUUCCUAGCUCCUCACACACCUUCCAACCGUUUACUGCCAAGACGUGGGCAAGAGGCGUUUAAGUAGCCAAACACCUCGUAAAGUUAGAGAGGUGCAGUCAGAGCUCAGCAGGGCCCGGAGGAGCAGGGUUUGCGCUGCCUGGCACCUGCUGUUCAGAAUAAUUGCUGCUUGGCUGCGUUUUGGCUCUCUGCAUUCACAGAUUCGGGCGGGGGGAGUUGGGUCCCAACGGGAGAGAGGGCCGGCGUGAGGGUGCCCCUUACAAAUGAAUUCUGUUGAGGACUAAUGAGGCUCUGGCGUUGCUGGGAAAGUGGCCCGCUGACCAACCCUCCCUGGAUUCCCUGUUCUGGGGGCAGUUUCCAAGGAGGUUUGUGUAUAAGGCUAAUGAAAGCAGAGGCACUUGCUUCUCUCAGGCCUGAGCCAGGAACUGAGCAACUUGCUCUGCAGAGCUCUGCUAGCACAUGUCAGUGCAGGCCUACAGCUUCCAGUCCUGGGCCAAGGCUCGGCUUUACCUCUCCUGUGACCAGCAGCACCCCCUGCUGGUCAAAUCUGGGCUCUCACACAGCUCUCUUAGCAUACCUCCAUCCUGAACUGCAGCCCUCCCGUGAUCUGCCAGUCUGGGUGGGGCUCCCCUACCAAUGCACCUCAUCCCUAAAAUGAAGCCCCCCACCAGCUUUAUGAAUGGAUCUCAGUCCUGAUCUGCCGCCCCCCUCUGCUAUUCUAGUCCCGAGGUCUCAGCUGAGAAACAAGGACAACCCUGUGUCAAAUUGUCUGAUGGUUCCGUGAUGCAAUGUGAGCAAAAUUUCACUAGGGCCUAGAUCCAAGACUGCCAAAAGUCAGUUCCCUUGUGACCUGAGCCUGCCUUGCACUGGGAGCUGGUGAGCUGGAGGUGAAGUGACUGCAUGCUCUCAGAUCAAGCAGCGUGAUUGUACAUAGUGCAGCUGAGCUUUUGUUUCAAAAGGGUCAAAGCUGCAGUUAAUUUUGGUCUGUCAUUGUUGGCAGGUCUCUUUCAUUGUUAUAGGAAUGGAAGUUUAUCUCCCCAUUAAACCAAGUACUGCACUGAAGAGCACCCCCAGGCCAUGUAUUGAUGGAAUCCUGGGAUUUAAACUUCCCAGGAUGUUGAUUUUAUAUUUUCUCAUCUUGACCAAAGGAUUUUUAUUUGUCUCUCCCUGGGCUCUUGAAUGCAGCCAAUAAAUCCUGUGUUCCCAUGUGCGGGGUGGCUUUGCUGUUUCCAAAAGAACCAAGGAAAAGCUUGACCUUCUCUCGUUCUGUUGGCAUUUCAAAUGUUAAAUAAAGUGUUUUAAUAAAA